UUGGCCCCAGUUGCAAUGGAGGACAGUGACCAUGAGACUCACUCUUCCUCAGACGAGCAGGACUCCUGCCCUGCCUCCCCUAAUCACAGCAGGGACCAAGAUGCUGAACAGCAUUCAAGCCUUUCAGAGGACUCAGAGGUGGAGAAUAUUAUGCAAGACCCUCACCACCAGGGAGGGCAUGGCCAUGGCCACCAACACCACCAUGACCACAAGCACCACCAUCACCAUCAUCAUGAUCCUGAGACUCAUGAUGCAGACAGGGAAGCUGAGGGCGAGGACCGCCCCCACACCCCAUCUUAUUUGCGGCCCCCUGUUGCGGGUAGGGCGCAGUCGGAUUCAGGUUCAGACCCCAGUUUGCCACAGAGCAGAAGUGUGGAGUUUGACUUGCAGUCCUCCGUCAGUCCCUCCAGGCCCAAAAGCCCCUGGGGUCGAUUUGACCCUUACAACAAUAAUGAGGACCAGGACAAGGAAUAUGUGGGAUUUGCGACAUUGCCAAACCAGGUGCAUCGCAAGUCAGUCAAGAAAGGAUUUGACUUCACGCUCAUGGUGGCAGGGGAGUCUGGCCUGGGAAAGUCCACUCUGGUCAACAGUCUGUUUCUCACAGAUCUUUACAAAGAUAGGAAGCUGCUCAAUGCUGAAGAGCGAAUCACACAAACAGUAGAAAUCACCAAACACACAGUGGAUAUAGAGGAGAAAGGUGUCAAACUGAAGCUCACCAUCGUGGACACCCCUGGGUUUGGGGAUGCUGUAAACAACACUGAAUGCUGGAAGUCAGUGGCCGACUACAUCGACCAGCAGUUCGAGCAGUACUUCAGGGACGAGAGUGGCCUCAACCGCAAGAACAUCCAGGACAACCGUGUACACUGCUGCCUCUAUUUCAUCUCACCCUUCGGCCAUGGCCUUCGGCCCUUGGAUGUGGAAUUUAUGAAAGCUCUGCACGAGAAGGUUAACAUUGUUCCCGUUUUGGCCAAAGCUGACACACUGACCCCGAAUGAGGUCAAGAAAAAGAAAAUCAAGAUCAGAGAGGAGAUCGAGCAGUAUGGUAUCAAGAUAUACCAGUUCCCUGACUGUGACUCUGAUGAAGACGAGGAAUUCAAGCAGCAGGACCUCGAGCUGAAGGAAAGCAUUCCCUUUGCAGUAAUUGGCAGCAACACAGUGGUGGAGGCCAAAGGGAAGAGGGUGCGAGGCCGUCUGUACCCCUGGGGCAUCGUAGAAGUGGAGAACUCGGCACACUGUGAUUUCGUGAAGCUGAGGAACAUGCUGGUUCGCACGCACAUGCAAGAUCUCAAGGACGUGACCCGGGAGACCCACUACGAGAACUACAGAGCCCAGUGCAUCCAGAGCAUGACCCGCAUGGUCGUGAAGGAGCGUAAUCGCAAUAAACUAACCAGGGAGAGCGGCACAGACUUCCCCAUCCCCUUGGUGCCCGGAGUGACGGACAGCGAGACAGAGAAGCUCAUCCGAGAGAAAGAUGAAGAGCUGCGGCGGAUGCAGGAGAUGCUGCAGAGGAUCCAGGAUCAAAUGCACACUCAGAAAGACGCCUAUUAACACAGGACACCAGUCACACUGUGUACACGUCUCUCUUUCACUGGGAUUAAAAAAAAUAAAAAAUUAAACACACCCGGGAAACCUUCAUUCCUCUCUAGAACACUGACAUCCCUACGUGUCCAACCAACCACCGCUCAACCUCAUCAGCAGCACGUUAUACAUGGAUCAGGGACCCAUGAGGAGGCGGUAAGAUGAUCUGACAUUUGCAGCUUAACAAAUCCCUUUAUCCACAAUCUCUGACAGUAAUGACACCCCAGCUGCAAAACACUCAACCCUCCUCCACUCCACAGUUUUCUGUCCAAAAUCUAAAUUAAUAAUAAUAAAUUUAAAAAAAAAGGCCAAGUUUGAUUUUGUUUAUUUGAAUAAAUCGGCCUCUAGUUUAUCUGAGCUUUAUUUAGCCACAUGAUCACAGGGUUUGUUGUUUUAUGUUUGUUUUUGUUUUUUUACAUGAGGUCUUAUAUGAGGUUUACAUCUAAGUGCUGGUGACCUGCUCAGAUCUUCUUUUUUUUUUUAUAAACAUGCUUUUCUGGUGCGAGUGUUUAUUUUUUAUUAUCCUUAUAGGUCAACAUGCAUAUAUAUAUAUACUGUCAUAAUUUAAUUUUCUAUGUUAAGCAUUUUUUUCUACUGUUUGUCAUUUUUUACUGUGCGUGUUCCUGGUUUUAUUUAACGACACCCUGCAAUACUGCUUGACGUUGGGUAUGGACAGUUGGCUCCUCCGCUGUCUGACGGUGUGGAUGUCAGCCGCUCUGCUCAACGUCAGUCACUCUUAACUCGCUUACUGAUCGCCAUAUCAACAUUUAAAAGAAUCUAACUAUUUUGAAUGGCGUAAAAAAGUCCUUUAUUAAUAUUUGGAGAAUUCCCCAAAGCAGAGUUGGUUCAAAGUCAGUUCAUCUCAUCCGUGGCUUUAUCACAACAGAGCCAUCGGCAGGUGAGACAGGUGAGAGCUGAGGACCCCUGUCUGUGGUCAGAGAUGAUGAUGAUUAGGACUGAAAAGACAAAACUCUUGUUUUUUGCAUAAGGUGAGUGUCCUAGUGAAGGGUUGCAUCAGUGGCCAUGCAGUCUAUUUAUUUUUGCAUGUGUUUUGUGAAGGUUACUCAGAUCAGUGUAGUGAUCAUAAGGUAAUUUAUGGGCAAUGACAUGAUGUAGCUACUCAACUGUCAGGGUAAAUUGAGAAGAGGUGGAUUUUUUUAUUUUAGUUGUAAUGAUGUCUUCACUUCAAGGGAACUCAUAUGUCGGAUGUGUUCUAACCUUAAUGUUUAUCUUAUAACCAAAGCCAACAAUGACAAGCUUAAUUGUCCUAAAUUCUUCUUUUCAGAGUUAAUUUUAUUUUGUAUUGACAUGAAGAAUAUUGUUUUGGAAUAAGUUAUGAAAGCCAAGAGUUAAAAAAAAAAAAAAGAUUCUCUUGCUAAUAGUUUUGUUCCAAGUACAAACCUUUCUUUCUUUUUUUUUUUUUUUUUUUUAGAAAUCAGAUGACUCUGUCAUGUUAUGUGACCUUUUGUUUCAAAAAAAAAAAAAAAAAAAAAACCAUUCCUCCAGCUUCUGUCGCAGAGUCAGGUCUUACUUUGUCAUUCUUUUUCCUUAAUUUGUUUGUUUUAUAUUAAAUUUGUCUUUUGUUAUUCUACUUUUUGGAGUAUAUUUAUGUAAUAAAUUUAUAAAUGAAAUGCAAAUUGAGAGGACAAUAUGUACAAAUUCUAAUAUUGUAAUAAAAUAUGAAUAUAAUUUCAUG